AAAUGCUCUCUCACGUUACACUUUAUAAGAACGGGGACCUGUUUAAUACGCGAAAACUCCUCUACUCUACAACUCAUGGUUCCUAAGAAUGAGAGACAUUUAAGUUUACUCUUGAUAUGUACGACUGGAUGCUCGGUAAAUAUUCAGUAUACGUCUAGGUUUCACAUUUACUUUACAGCUAACAUCAAACAAGCAUGUCUAUGUUUGAUUUCUUCAUGUUUGAUUAGCAUUUGGAGUGUAUUAAAAGGGUGGCUUCCAUACUUCCAGUUUUACUGGUUUUCCAAACUGUGAGUAAAUGUAAUAAGCCUUUAUUCCUUCAUUUAUUAGAAAAAAAAGGUGCUAAGCAUACUCUGUGUAACACUUUGAAUGUGAAAUUCAAAGGACUGGGCAAACUUGAUAAAGCUAAUGGUAGAUAAGUGCAGUAAUGCUGCUGGGGUGAGUUUGCUUAAGGCAGCCACCAUGGCAUGAGCUGUGUAAACAAAAAGAAAGAUGGUUACAUAGAUACAUUUUUAUUUAUUUAUUUAUUUGACAAUGAUUUCAUUCCUUACAGCUUUUGCACACACACACACACACACACCUCAUUUGCCCAAAUCAUUCAAAUUUAUAACCGUUUCCUCGUGCGCCCCCCCGACACACGCGCGCGCCCCUGGCAAGCUACGGGACACCUCCCAAACCUCCUCGUGGAGUCAGAAUAAGUGUGCCAACUAUGAUAUCUGUACUGAAGAGUACUAUGUUAUUACACUAUUUAGCUGGGCAAUAUGCGGAUUCGGAUGGUUCCGCAGAUCUCUGCGCUCAUUGGUGGAAUCAAUGCUACGUGGACAUAAGACAGAAACAGGUAGCGCGCGCAUGUGACCGUUACCGCUUCAUUUCGUUAAGGAAAACGGUGACCGGUGGCUUAAAGCUCUCUGGUCUGAGAAAAAAACAACACUAACGAGCGUCUUAUGAGUGCUCUUCAUUAACUUUGGCUGUCAGAAGACUUUUGCAGCAGUUGUAUAGUAUACAAUUCAGCUUCACGGGCCUGCACGGUGGUGUGGGUGAUUUAAGCAUGAAGUCUAAAGGAAAGGGCUCAAAGAGGAGUAAGCAUUCAUGGGCUGAGCAGGAGCAUGCUGACCUGCAGCUGGACGUAGAGCCUGGCUCAAGUGAACAGGAAGGAUCUGAGGCCUCUCUGCCACUUGGGGCUUCGUGGCGGGCAUCAGGAAUCGAAGGCCAUGUCAGAACGAGAAUGGGCACAAGGCGUCGCCGAUGCCAACACAGCAGCGCCAAGGAGCGUAACAUGCGCCGGCUGGAAAGCAACGAGAGAGAGCGGCAGAGGAUGCACAAUCUGAACAAUGCUUUUCAGGCCCUGCGGGAGGCCAUUCCACAUGUUCGUAUGGACAAAAAGCUCUCCAAGAUUGAGACUCUGACACUGGCCAAGAACUACAUCAAAGCCUUAACCACCAUCAUCCUGGGCAUGUCGGGUGCCCGCCUGCCUCACGUGGAUGCUCAGCAGCACCCGGAGGAUGAGAGCCACAAGGAUCUUUCCAAGUACCUGGACCACAUCCGCAGCCUAAGCCACAGCAGCUAACGCCACGGUUGCAUCCAGACCACUGGAACGUACUAGUGAGACUGUGCAGUUCACCACGAAAGAGACACAGUGCUGGCUGCCAGUGCGGAACUUGAGACUGAAAAUUUGGGCUCCGAGAUGGACUUACAGAGGAAGCAAAAGUCCAAUUUUGGUUUGAAAGAUUAUUUUGUGUUAAAUAGUCUUCAAUGCUGAACUGUAUCCAUUCCCACUGUGCCAUAAUGAGACAGACAUCAUUCGGGGGCCAAUUAAAAAAGAAAAAAAAAAAGAACUGGCAAUUAGAGACAAUGUAAUGUAAUAACACACAUAGUGAACUCUAGCCCUUGUCUACAGUGAUGGGGAUCUUGAUACAGUAAUGAAGAAAACCUUAAGGAGUAUUUGAAGUCACAUUUAUUGAAAGGGCAUAGGUCAUGCAUACAUUAACACUGGGGAGUGUUUAAAUGUACUUAACAAACACGGUUCAUUUGUUGUCCCAUAGUAUAGCUUUUUACAGGAGGUAAAAAUCUCCAAAGCCUAUCAGACAUAUUUCAUUGCGAGAUGUCGACAGAAAUAUGGUGCAAACCUGUACAAGCCUUUUCUUUUUAUUGACAUAAAAUUUCCCAGCAACAACA